AUGGCCCCGCCCCGCCUUAGAGAUUCGCCGGGUGGUACCUCCACGAUCGGCAGUCUGAGACCGUCUGACAUUUACGGACUAACACAACAUCCACAGCCAGGGGAAAAAAUUCUUGGGACGAAAAUCGAACUUGCGCAGCUCACGUUAGAUUCGCGUACAAAGCAACAUGCAAAGUUCAAUUCAAAGGUGCCAGUGAAAAAUGGUAGUAAUGAAUAUAAAAGCGGUACACGUUACCUUGUAACAAGUAGGCCGGGCGAAUUUGUGAAGGACCUUCUGUCAGUGUUACCCCCACCCAAGACGAGUUGUACAAGCCUAAGGAACUUAGAAGGUCUAUCGAUUGCCCUGGGAACGACAGCAGGUCUGACGGAUCCAAUCCAGUUGCUGAAACAAAAAAUACAAGUAAUUGAUGAAAAUGCACCUUCAUCGCUGUCAACGUCAGCAAGUACACGAAUUCCACAGUGUAAUCCCGAAUGCGGGACGCAUAAGGAUGCAGGGCUGGUGCUAGGCGCCAAGGGAAACGAGUUGUCGCCACGAGCUAGAGUUUUCAGCUUUUUCCUUAGGGUCAAUCUACAAGUAGUUGAUUAUGAUGGCACGCUACCGACAAUAUUAGUAGAAAAGGUCCAAAAGGUCCAGAUUAAGAUAACUGAACAUAAUUCCAGCAAUAAUCACUGUUUUAAUUUCGCCAAAAUGUGCAAGUCACAAAAAGACGUGCAACAGACUACUGUAACUACUUACGGUGAGAUACAUGGCUUCCACGCAUAAUCAUGUGCGUAAGUUCAAAAGGAUAUUAUUUGGAUACCAGUGAAACAGGAUGAUAAGCGUCAAUAUGAACUAAGAAGUUGACUAAUGCCAUGAGGAGUAUGAUAAUCAAUUCUAAUUAAUAUGCAGUUAGUCGAUAUAUGUAUGAUGCGUUCAGACAUAUAUGUAAACCGUAUACAUACUUACAUAAGUAUCAAAUACUAUUUAUAAGAUUCUGAGUGUGAUCCGAGAGGAGGAAUGGAUUUUUCCGAAGAUACAAGGUAUUCGAAAAAUAGACUGAGAUAUUUUAGAGGGUGAUUCCUUGUUAAAAAAUAUGAAAACAAGUUCUUAUAAGCAUGGGUCCGGAAGUGCAGAGUUUUCAAGGUACAGGGUUAUAUAUUUAUUGUUUUAUUAAUACCUUAAAAAAUAU